AUGAGUCGUGACGGUGGAGGCGGGCGGCGCCGCGCGGCCCUUCAGUCGCAUCCAGACUCCCUGAGCGGCAGGACGAAGUUCCUGGGGGAGGGGAUCGAGCGAAGAAAAGAAAAUAGCGCAAGGAAGAAGUUAAAGACAAAGAGGAAGGAGUCAAAAGGAGAAGUUCUGAGAGACUCGUGGAACACGUGGAGCGUUAUGGACUUUAUUUUAAGCGUCUAAAACUUGACAGUCAGACCAACAUAGACGUAUCAUCGGUUCGAUGAAUUAACUGUCAACUAACAUGUGAAAGUUGGUCAGAUGCGUUUGUUUUCCAUAAAUCAACGGGAACAUUAUGGAAAAUCCGAGGACGCCGAGUUCACAGAAGAGUUGGAAGUUCGUGCGGGACUCGCUGCUGCUCUGCUUAUUCGCCGGAUGUGGAGACGCUCAGUGUGACAGCUGUGUUGAGUACUGCUGCGAUGGAGUUCCUCCUUUCUGCUGCUCUUACUACGCGUAUGUGGGAGACGUGCUUUCGGGAACGGCUAUUUCAGGGAUCGUGUUUGGCGUUGUGUUUUCUGAUGGGCGCAGUGGCGCCAUCUUUCUGUGCAUCUGUAUGUGCGUGAAAAACGGGCGCGGGGCGAGAGUGGGCGUCUUCGGCUCGUCAUAUAUCAACACCGUGACUCAGGGUUACCCAGGCCCUCCACCUCCGUACAGCUAUGAUUGUGAGAUGUAUCCUCCUGAUCUGCGGCCGCCUCCGUACACACCGACUCCACCCAGAGCGGCAAACUACUCUCCGCCUCCACCCUAUCCGGGCGACAGCAGGAAAUGAGCCAGCGCUCGAGCCCUUCUUCUGCUGCUGAUGACGAAGAUGAAGAUAGUUGCACUCGGAAUUGCACAGAAUUCCUGCACAACACAAGACCAGCGCUCUGGGAACAAAGCAGAGGAUUUCGACCGCAAAUUCUUCUCAUGUCUGGAUUUGAAUAUUUUUUUUAUUAAUGCAAUGGACAUUUAUGGUCUCACAAAUCUAAUGAACUUUAAUAAAAGUUAUUUCAAGCAGCGUGAGACCAGGACAGGCCUAUAAACUCUCAUGUGCUUGGGUAAUUGUGAUGCGGUUUGUUCAAAAUCAGUGUUAUUUCUUUUAAUGACAAAUGAAAAUACAGUGAAAUGAACUGUUAAUAUGGGAAUUAAACUUUAUAUGUGUUUUACAGAGUAACAUAAUGUUCUCAUACCUACAAUGUGUCUUGAUUAAUCCACUGAGGAAAUAAUACUUUGUAGUUUGUCAGAAUUACCGUAAUUACGAGAUUCCGACUUUUAUUCUCAUGUCAGUCUUUAGCUUUCAUAAUAAAAGUCUGUAUGCUCUUUUUUGCAAGGUGAUGC